GAGUGGUUGGGUUUAGCGGGCUCGCUAGGGUUUCCAUUCCCCCAUCCCCAUCCCCACGCCGCCGCCGCCAUCUCAUCGCCCGCGAUGAUCGCCGACGACGACCACCCCGCCACCCCGCCGCCCUCUCCGCCGCCACCGCCACCGCCACCGCCACCGCCAUCCCCGAGCCUGGGGAGGCGGCUCCUCGGCUCCAUCCGGGCCCUCUCCUCCGCCAUCGCGCCCUCCACUCCCGCCGCCGCCGCCUCCUCCUCCUCCUCCUCCUCCUCGCCCAUGCUCGGGCUCAGCCUCCUGCUCCACCUCAAGCCCGACCUCCACCUCCACCUCCACGACCCACCGCCACCCUCAACCCCCGCCGACCAGGACAAGGACCACCAGCAGGCGCCUCCAACCCACGCUCCCAGGGCCAAGAGGGCUCUCCACCUUCCUCAACCCCCCACCCCAUCGCCAUCGCCAUCGCCAUCGCCAUCGCCAUGCUCAUCCCGACCUCCUUCCGCUGCCGUGGAACUGGAACACCACCAGGUCCAGGAGGAGCAAUGUACUAGUACCACCUCUUCCUCUUGUGAAGAACUAACAACAGCCAUGGAGAAUGAUGAUGAUGCUGUGCAAGUUCAAGAGGCGGCGGUGGAGCAGCAAGAUGCCACCCACCCAAGGGAUGAAGAUAUUGCUGUUGAGGGACAAGAGACACCGGAAGCUCAUCAGCUGGGAUCAACUGAGAAUGCUGAUGCUCUUGUGCAAGUUCAAGAGGAAGGUGAAAGCGCAGAUGCCACUGCUGUAGAUGACCAUGACAAGGCAGUGGAGCAAUGCACCACUUAUCAUGACUUGGGAACAACCAUGGAGAAUGAUGUAGCUAAGGAUGAUCCGGAGGAGGCGGAGCAAGGUGUCAUUGACCAAGGGGAUGCAGCCAUAGAUGAUGUCAAAGAUCACGAGGUGCUGCUGCUAGUUGCCGUGGAAGGAACGCGCGCUACCACAGAUGACAUUGCUGCUGUCGAGGAUCAAGGAAACAAUGUGGAGCAAUGUACCACUUAUUAUGACCUGGGAACAACCAUGAAGAGUGAUGAUGAUGUGGAUGACCAGCAAGUGGUGGAGGAACGUGUUGUCGAUUUAACCAUGGAUGAUGAUGAUUCCGUCCAAGAUCACAAGGUGUUGCAGCAAGGUAUCAUUGACGGAACCGAUGACAUUGCUGUUGAGAAACAAGAGAAAGUGCUGGAGCAAUGUUCAAGAGCAACUACGGAUGCGUACACUGUCAAAGAAAAGGAGAUGGUGGUGGAGCAAGGUGUCAUUGACCCAAGGUACAUGGAUCUUGCCACGGAAGAUCAGGUUAAGUUGUCGAUCAUAGACGACCAGGGUACAGUGCCCAUGGAUGAGCAUGUGGUGAAAGGCCAUGAUGAGGCAGUGGUGCAAUAUGCCAGCGAUGCAAUAGUAACAAUCGAGGAUGAGGCUCCUGUGGAGGAACAUGAUACGGUGGGGAAUCAAGGUGUCAUCGACGAAAAUGGCAGAACCAAGGAUGUUAUUGAUGUGGAGGGACAUGGCUAUGUGAAUGAACAGGUCAUUGUCAAUAACUGGGGUACAUCCAGUGAUGCUACUGCUUUGGAAGGGCAUAAGAAUGAGGCUGAGCCAUGGAUCGGUGAAGAACAGAUAGCAGGCAAGGACAUGGAUGGUGUUCAUGCUGAGGGGAACAUGUUGGAGCAAAGGACCGGCGAUAAACAGGGAGCAACACAGUCUGAUUUCACUGUUGAUAAGCACAAGGAUGUAGCGGAGCGUGUCCGCCAUGAGCGGGGUGCACCUGAGGAUGAUCGUGCUAUGGACAGGACAGCUUAUCAAGGUACCGGAGAUUGGGGUAUAGUUAGCAAGGAGAAGUAUAAGUUGCCUGCUAGAAGAUAUCCACAAAAGCCCAGAAAACUUAACUGCCCCUCUUACAUGUCAAAAGGGACCUGCACAUACGGGCCCUCAUGCCACUUCAAUCACCCACCGCAGCUUAAAUCUAGGUCAGAUGAAUCAUGGCGUCCCUCUGAACGAAGAAACCAUGGCGCUGCAGAAAUUCUGGAACUGAACCGCCUUGGCCUUCCCAUUCGAGAAGGAGCAAGAAACUGUGACUACUAUAUGCGAACCGGUGCUUGCAGAUAUGGCAAAAACUGCCAUUUCAACCAUCCAGACCAUGUCAUUGAUGCUCAGUUCAAUCCACCAACAGGGUGGGAGGAUAAUGCUUUGCAAAUGGAGAAAUCUUCUGAUCAUACAUUAGAUGAGACAUCACGCAUGAAGAAAUCUUCCGAUGAUGCGACCUUCGAUGACAGAUCACACAUGAAGAAAUCUUCCGAUGAUGCGACCUUAGAUGACAGAUCACACUUGAAGAAACCUUCUGAUGGUGCGAUCGUAGAUGACACAUCAUACUCAAAGAAGUCUUCUGACCAUGACAACUCAUCUAGCUCUGGUGUCCUGCCACCAAGCAUAUUUAGAAUGCUUCUACCUCCCCAAAAAGUACUGCCUAGUACGGAAGGAAAGGCGAAAAAGAAGUCAGACUGGUCAUCAGACGAUUCGGAUGGUUGCUGUUCAGCAGAUAGUUCAGAUGGACCUUUGUGCAAGCAGGGGGAGCACGUGGAUUACCCUGAGAGGCCUGGCAGACCAGAAUAUCACCACCCAAAACAGUCAAAAGACAAAGAAGAGGUACACUACCCCGAGAGGCCUGGCAGAGCAGAUUGCCCCUUCUACAUGAGAUUUGGUGAUUGUAAAUUUGCAUCAGCAUGCAACUAUCACCACCCAAAAGACAAAUACCCAGCUGCGAGACCUGAUGAACCAGAAUGCCCAUUCCUUAUGAAGCGUGGGUACUGUAAAUUUGGGGCACAAUGCAAGUUUUAUCACCCAGAGGAUUCAAAUCCUACCGUGCAGAGCCCAACAGAUGCAAAAAGAUCUGUUACCACUGAUGAACAUCAUCCAUCUACAAGAAUCACAUUACAAGACUAUAUGCUUCCCCAGCAACCGCAGUAUCCUGAGAGACCUGGUCAGCCAGAGUGCCGGUACUACAUGCAGUUUGGGAAAUGCAAAUAUCUGUCUGCAUGUAUAUUUCACCAUCCAAAAGAUAGACUUGCAGCUCACUCGGAUCAGAUUGGACCUGAAAUACAUGGCAUGCCAGAUUGUCCUUUCUAUAUGAAAGCUGGGAAAUGUCAAUUUGGAUCAGCAUGUGAAUUUCGUCAUCCCAAAGAUAUACAUUCAACUACAGAGGAAGCAUUUGGUCAGAGAACUGGCUCGGGGGCAUACGACAAUUUGUCAAGGUCAGAUAAUGGUGUGGAGCAACAAGAAGAGAGCAUCAUGUAUCCUGAAAGGCCCGGUGAACCAGAGUGUGCCCACUACAUGAGGCAGGGGUACUGUAAGUUUCAGAUGAACUGCAAAUACCAUCAUCCUAAGAAACAGUAUGUAUUGAAGUCAUCCGCGCCGACCACUUGAGCAAAGCAGGGACACGCUGGUUACCGCAUGAAUGCUACCAACGGAAAGCAUUGUCUUGAUGUGUCGCCAGGUGUUGUUAGAGCAGGCUGGCUGGCUCAAGGAGGCGGUGCGUGUGAGUGUGACUGACGACUGAAGAGAGAGGUGUAGGAGGAUUCUGAUGAACCAACCAAAGCUUGGAGCUAAUAUAAUCGUCGUCGUUUUUCUGGGGGUCUAUGAGCGAGUAGUUGCUAGUUAUGUCGGUUUUGAGCGCGUUUGAGCUAUGUUGGUGAAAGGCACUUUGCUACCGAUUAUGCGUUUGCAACAUACUCUACCUGUGUGGACAAGGCCAGGCCAGGCAAUCAUGAAUUUGCAAACUGUAAUCUUGGCAUGACUCUCUAAGUGAUUGCUGUCUAGCUAGCUAAUAGGUGUGGGAUGAACACGGAUGAGAUGAGAUGCGAUUACUACUUACUUAGCAUGAUGAUAUUGUGAUGAUGCACUCAUUUUA